GCAUCGCUUCAACCGACAAUGCCUGAGCCUCAAGUGAAAAGCGCUCCCAAGAAGGGUAGCAAGAAAGCCGUGACGAAGAACCCCGGCAAAAAGGACAAGAAGAGGAGAAAGACCAGGAAGGAGAGUUACAGCAUCUACGUCUACAAGGUGAUGAAGCAGGUCCACCCCGACACCGGUAUCUCUUCCAAGGCGAUGGGUAUCAUGAACUCCUUCGUCAAUGACAUCUUCGAGCGUAUCGCUGGUGAAGCCUCCAAACUGGCUCACUACAACAAGCGCUCCACCAUCACAUCCAGGGAGAUCCAGACCGCCGUCCGCCUGCUCCUGCCCGGAGAGCUGGCUAAACACGCCGUGUCUGAGGGCACCAAGGCCGUCACCAAAUACACCAGCUCCAAGUAAACACUUCAACUGGUCAACAAACCCAAAGGCUCUUUUAAGAGCCACCCACAUUGUUCUCAGAGUUCAUUCCUAAUUCUCAUGAUGCACCUUAACC